AUGUCAAUACCCGAGUGGUCUUCUGCCGUCGUGUUGAUCGUCGUGGCAAUCUUAUUCGCUUUGGCAAUUGUAUAUAAGCAAGCAAACAAUGCCGAUUGGCAACAACAUUCUCAUCAGCUAAGCGGAAAAAUUAGAUUGUACAUGGCUGGAUCCAUAGUCGGCAACUUUACAAAAACGGGUUUCAAUACAUGGAUUAUUUCGCGCCAAGACUCUACGACAUCUUCAGACACAGAUGAAAAAAUCAAACGUUCAUCACCUGAUAUGCCAUCAUCUUCGUCAACAUCUUCAUCCUUACCUACACACAAUGCUUCUCCGAGACUAUAUAAAAAAACUUCAAAUUCACACCUCGCAUCACUUCGACGUCAGAAUUCUCGACAUAAACAACCAGGAGAAAUACAGUGUGCCAAUACUCUAUCAUUGAUAGACGAUGAUGUGUCUGAACCAUUGCAAUCUCGAAACGAAGAACGAAUAAAUGUUGGCACUCGUCAAAAAAUUGAAAGUAAAAAUGUCUUGCACAAUCAAUCUUCCGAUUAUGAGAAUGAAGAGAAAUUUAACUUUGAACCGCAGUUACAUAGUCCGGAGGGGAAGAGUAGCGUUGAAUUCAAUGAAAAAUCAUCCACUUUAAAAUCAAACAACAAUCCUCCUUUGCUUAGUCAACCGAAUAGUUCCAAAUCAACGAUUUUGAUUGAUUUUGCGAAUUCUCCUCACCAGGUAGAAACAAAUCAUUUUACUUCACAUAAUCAGGAAAGUGAUGCUGACGCUGAAGUCGAAAGUAUUAUUUCUGACGAUCAUCCAGAACUUAAUCCCAAUAGUUUAGGAGGAGUAAUCAUCUCUAAUAAACAAAAAAGUGGACUUGACUCCAAUCAAGAUGGGCGUUCUGUUAAACCAGUGCAACAAAAUGAAUCAAGAUCCUUUAAGCAAGACAAAUCAGGCGGACAUCAAUCAAAGCAUCAAAAUGGUUCUUCUCAUUCAUUUGAUUCUCAGAGAGCUAAUCAGCAACAAUUUGAAUCUUCAAAAUCGACAAGUUAUUCUCUUUGGCAGAAAUCAUCACGUCAACAACUUAACAACAAUAGCAAUAAUAAUCAUUCGCUCACUCAAUAUCAGAAUCAGCAUAGUUCAUUUCUUUCACUCAGUAAUAAUAACAAGCGGAUAAUGCCAAGCUAUACUUCCCAUAAUUCUAAUGGUCCUUCGAUGCCGCAACCUCCAAUCAAAGCACCAUCCCCGGAGAACAGCAAAAAAUUUCCAAAUUAUCAAAGGCCAGAUCCUCUUUGGCGACCAAAUGUGCCCGCUGCAUCUCAUCCAUCGUUAUCUCGUAAUAAAUCCAUCUCGAAUACAUCUUUGAAUCCUUCUAUAACUCGAUUAUCCACUUAUGCGGACGUUACCGCCUUUAAUCGUAGCAGAUCUGCCUCCACUAGCAUUAUCGAAUAUGCACCUUCAUCAUCAGCUUCGUUAUUGACGACUUCCAACAAUAUCAUGAGUCCCGCUCCUACAGCUUCAAUGUCGAAUGGCAAUCGAGAAAAUAAUAAUCAAUGGUACUCACCUUUCUCGUCUGGUUUCACUAUUCAAUUAACACCACCUGCAUCGCCUCAAACUAGUCACAGUCAUCUACCUUCUGAAAACAUGACUUCAAAUAAAACUUUUUCCUUUUUUUCAGCCUUGCCUGGUUUGCCCUCGAUUAAUUCAUCGCAAACCCAAUAUAAAUCGGGAUUACCUCCUCCAAUAGCCUCUUCCUCUUCUGUAUCCAAUUCCUUCAAUUAUCCUUCUGCACCCUCUUCUCCUUCUUACUCGCCACCAGAAUUAUCAUCAUCAUCAUUUCCUCAUUUAUCUUCUGGUAAUCUACAGAAUCACAAUAGUUCAUUACCCACUUCGCCUUCAAGCGCAUCUUUUGCGUUAUUUGGUCGGAAAAUUCCACUUUCUGAUCAAGAAAAGGGUGAACUUUCUGACGAGGAAUAUAAUUCCAAGUUGAAUGGUUCACCAGGAAGGAUGAACCAAAAGGAAUGGAAACUUAAAGAUCAGGUGACUAUUGGCAAGAAGGGGAGAUCGUGUGGACUUGGUAGUCAAGAUGAUCGACAACAAAGGGAGCAUCUUCAACGCACAACUUCACAAUAUUCAUUUUUUGAAAAACGAGAAUCUUUUGCUAGUCCCUCGAAGUCUUGA